AUGGUCCUUAAGUUUGUUAUCUUCGCUUCCGCUUUGUGCCUUACCUUGGCCUAUCCCCUGGAUCAUCAUUACUACGAAGGUGGCCACGAACAGGCCUACGAAGUAGCACAUGAUUAUGGACAUGGCCAUCAGAUCGAACGUUUGGGUGAGGGCUAUGGCCAUGAAGAACACCACGAAGAGCAUCAUGAAGAUGAACAUGUUGAUUAUUAUGCACCCCCCAAAUACGCUUUCAAAUAUGGUGUAAAUGAUUACCACUCCGGUGAUGUUAAAUCUCAACAUGAGACUCGUGAAGGUGAUUCCGUAAAGGGUCAAUACUCUUUGGUUGAACCUGAUGGCUCGAUUCGCACCGUGGACUACACUGCCGACAAGCACAAUGGCUUCAAUGCUGUUGUACACAAAACUGCUCCCAUCCAUCAUCACGAAGAGGCCCACGAACAUCAUUAUUAAACGAAUGCGACACACACAGACACUCUCUCUCUCCCCCUCCCCCUACUCAUCCAUAUGCAAUAAUUAAUCCCUUUAAGGAUAAGUUAAAGUAAAUCGUGAUUAUAAAUUAAUAUCUUGGACCUCAAACCCCCUUCCUCGUGGAGGCUGGUGGAGGCCAUAGCUGAUAGUUUAUGUUAGCUUAAACUGCCAAGAUUUUGUUUUUUUAGUGAAUUGUCUUCUUCUCAACUUGUGUUUGUUUUUCGCAUAUCAUCGACUCUGCUCUGUAAGGCCAAAAAAUGAAGUCAAUUUUUUUAAUAGCGAUGCUCCUUUUUUUAGUAUGCCAUCAUUCAUUCAUCUAAGCGCCCAUACUCAUCAGUACCCAACUCAUACUUGUCUAGCCUUAUCUUAUUUAUAGAACGUGUUUAUUUUUUUUUUUGUAUUAAUUUGUUAUUUAAUUAUUUGUGUGUAUUUUUCCUCGAUUUUUUAUUAUUACUUCUGUGAUAGCAAAACCUGCUAAACUGACUCUAUUCAUUAACCUCAUCGUUGCCUUGAACUGAAUUUCUAAUUAAUAAGGAUUUUUACUUUGAACUAAUCAAUGGACUCAUGCAAGCAAUGCGUAUGCCUUGUGAUUUAAUUUUACGCUUCUCUCCAAACUAACCCAAAAAUGACCUCUAUGACCUCGAAUAGUCCUUCUUUCCUCUUAACUCAUAUCAUAGACUAUUUCUAGCUGUUAGAAUUUCAUUUAAUCAUCAUUUUUUUUUUCAUUAUUGUAUCUAAUCCAUACUUACCCAUUAACAUUCAUAAUUUUUAGU